CCUGGUUCGGCAUCUGGCCAAAGCCCCUGGUCGCAGGCAGAGCGAGAUCGCCCAGCACAAUGCCGAGCUGAUUGUUAAAAGCACAUUGGCUAGGGGCAAGCGGGUAUAAUGCGGGAUCGGCUUUUGCAACCCCAGACUGUUGCAUCGUGCGUCAUCCCGGGAAGGUGACAAACAUCCAGACUUGGCCCACCUCCGCAUCGCUAUUCGGCCGAAAAGGGAAGGUUAUCUGGCCCAUGGUCACGUCGUUGGUCAUGUCCACCCGAGGCAGUACCACUCCUAGGUGUGUUCAUCCUAUGCCACAGGCAGGUAACCACUCAUGUGUACUACCUCCAACCCACGGUCAUUCCAGGAAGCUAUAAAGCAGCCAGGUCUCACCGGAGUCGCUCGAGGAAAAGAGCUUCUCCAGGAACUCCACGGUCAAGACGCAAGUUCCCAGCUCUUCAAGAUGAAGUCGGUUUUCGCUUUUUCCACUCUCCUGGCCCUCGCCUCGGCGGCUGCUGUCCCCGAACGCCAGGUCAGACCCGCUGUCACCGCCUACGAUGGAUACAAGGUCUUCCGUGUCGCUGUCAAGAACCAGGUCAACAAGGUCUCCAAGAUCAUCGAGCAGCUAGAGCUCGAGACAUGGAAGGCACCCAAGGCCCCUGGCGCUCUCGCCGAUAUUGUUGUCCCACCAUCCAAAGUGGCCGAGUUCGAGGCGGCUGUCGCCGGCAUGGAGGUCACUACCAUGCACGAGGACUUGGCUGCUUCUAUUGAGGAGGAGUCCAACUUCUCUGCAUAUGCAGUUGGUUCUGCCAACGCUACGUGGUUCAACUCAUACCAUUCGUACAACGACCAUCUCCAGUUCCUGCGGGAUCUCCAGGCCACCUACCCAACCCGCUCGGCCAUCGUCACGUCGGGCAACUCCAACGAGGGAAGACCUAUCACAGGUAUUCACUUCUGGGGAAGCUCCGGGAAGGGCAAAAAGCCUGCUGUCAUCUUCCACAGCACCGUCCACGCGCGCGAGUGGAUCACCACCAUGGUCAACGAGUACCUGGCCUUCAACCUCCUGACCAAGUACGACACCGACGCCGAGAUCAAGAGCUUCGUCGACAAGUACGACUUCUACGUCUUCCCCGUUGUUAACCCUGACGGCUUCGUCUUUACCCAGACCAACACUCGUCUGUGGCGCAAGAACCGUCAAUCCAACACUGGCAGCACUUGCAUUGGCCGUGACAUCAACCGUAACUGGAACUUCCAGUGGUCCGUUACUGGCGGUGCUUCCACUAACCCCUGCGCCGAGGACUACAAGGGAAGAGCCGCCUCUGAUGCCCCCGAGACUACUAACCUUGCCAACUUCAUCCGCAGCGUCAAGUCCAGCCAGGGCUUGAAGCUCUUCAUUGACUGGCAUGCUUACUCUCAGCUGUUCAUGACCCCUUACGGAUACUCCUGCACUGCCAGAGCUGCUAAGCAUACCGAGCUUGUGUCCCUUGCUGCUGGCGCUGCCUCGGCUAUCCAGGCCGUUUACGGCACCAGGUUUACCUCCGGACCUAUCUGCAGCACCAUCUACAAGGCCACCGGUAGCAGUGUCGACUGGGCCAACGAUGUGGGUGGCUCUGAGUACACAUUCACCGCCGAGCUUCGUGACACUGGUGCCAACGGCUUCGUUCUCCCUGCUAGCCAGAUCGUUCCCAGCGGUGUCGAGACCUGGGCCGGUCUUAGAUACCUGCUGUUGAACAUGAAGUAAAAUGGCAGUCACUUAGCAGACCCUCACACAUGGCUAGGACAUCGAAGCUAGGCGCACAUUGAGGCUGGUGUGGAGCUCACCUUGUUAUCUGAAACUUGAAUUGCGCAUAUUGGAAGGAGAAAUGUACAUAUGGAGUAGGAUAUAACAAUCAAUAUACUGGUUUAUUGACAAGAUUUAAGAACCCUGUCUCUC